AUCUUUCAUUUUUAGAAAUAUUUUUUCAUACAUUGAUUUUUUUUUCGUUUAUAAAUAUGAGAUCAUUCCUCAUUAUUACUCUCUUUUUUACUAUUAAAGUAAUUGAAAGUUUUUCAUUAUCUGGAAAGAAUGAUCUUACUUAUCAUGCAAAUUAUAACAAUGAGCAUCAUUCAUGGAAUCAAGCUAAUAUAAACUUAAAAAGUCGUCACCAUUCUCUAGAAUCUCGUAAAGAAACAACCGGUUGCAUCGCAACCACUACCGUCUACAUCACAACUACCGACACUGGAACAUACUUAACCACCACCGAAAUCCCCUACACCACCACCAAAACCAAAACCAAAACCAAAAUCAACACUGGCACCUACUUAACCACCACCGAAAUCCCAUACAUCACCACCAAAACCAAAACCAAAAUCAAAACCAAAACCAAAACCAACACUGGCACCUACUUAACCACCAUCGAAAUCCCCUACACCACCACCAAAACCAACACUGGCAUCUACUGCUACACCGGCUUGCCUGGUACUUGACCAUCACCAAUACCAUUUAAAUCACCACCACUACCACCACCAUCUACACCAUCUACAUCACCAUCACCUACACUAUACCAUCAACACCACUAUAAAAAAG